AUGCGCUACAUCCACAACUCGCCCAUCCGUCACCACGGCCACCUGACUUCCCGGAACUGCGUCAUCGAUUCUCGUUGGGUGCUCAAGGUCACGGACUACGGCCUCCCAGCCUUUCAAGAUCUGCAGUCUAUCGCCACCCUCGUACGGUCCGCCAAGGACCUCCUGUGGACUGCUCCCGAGCUGCUGCGGGACUGUGGCCUGCUUCGCAGGGGCACCCAGGCUGGGGACGUGUACAGCUUCGCCAUCGUCAUGCAAGAAGUCUUGCUGAGGGGAGACCCCUACUGCAUGCUGCCGCUCACCGCCGAAGAAAUCAUCGAGAAGCUGAAGCACCCGCCGCCGCUGAUCCGGCCGUCGGUGUCCAAGCAGACGGCUCCGCCGGAGGCGCUGCAUAUCAUGCGCCAGUGCUGGGCGGAGUACGCGGACAUGAGGCCAGACUUUGACCAGAUCGCCGACCGCUUCAAGACGCUCUACCACGGCAGGAAGUCCAACAUCGUGGAAACGAUGUUCCAGAUGCUCGAGAAGUAUUCGAACAACCUGGAAGACCUGAUCAGGGAACGCACUGUUCAGCUCGACGAAGAGAAGAAGAAAACCGAACAGCUGCUCAACCGCAUGCUUCCCAGUUCCGUAGCUGAAACCUUGAAGGCAGGCCUGCCCGUGAUUCCCGAGAAGUUCGAGGAAGUGACGGUCUACUUCAGCGACAUCGUGGGCUUCACCACCAUCUCGGCCUACAGCGAGCCCAUGGAGAUCGUCGAUCUGCUCAACGAUCUCUACACGGCCUUUGACUCCACCAUCAAUCAUUACAACAUAUACAAGGUGGAGACGAUCGGCGACGCGUACAUGGUGGUGGGCGGGCUGCCGGAGCGUGUCCGGGACCACGCCGAGCAGGUGGCCACCAUGGCACUGGACCUGCUGCACCUGUGCGGAAAGUUCAAGAUCCGGCACAUGGCCAAUGUGCCCCUCAUGCUCAGAAUCGGCCUGCACACCGGUCCUGUGGUGGCUGGAGUGGUUGGCCUGACGAUGCCUCGCUACUGUCUGUUCGGGGACACCGUGAACACCGCCUCUCGGAUGGAGUCGACGGGCCGAGCAUACCGGAUUCAUAUCAGCCGAACCACAGAGAGAAAGCUGAGGCAGGCUGGCGGCUACCAUGUCAAGUACAGGGGCGAGAUUGUGCUCAAGGGGCGGGGUCGUCAGCCAACCUACUGGCUUACUGGCAAGCAAGGGUUCAACAAAGCUCUUCCGUCUCCUCCUCGCGACGACGAUGGGAACAAUCAUGGUUUCAAAGACGAGGAGAUCUUCAAGUCCAUGGGUCGGAAAAAGGCCGACGAUUUCCUGGACGCUCCGCCCUCCCCGCUGUCCCCAUACGCCAACAAGCUUUGCGACGAGAGCAUGGACUGCCCAGGGGCGUCCACGUCCACUGCCGAGAUCCACAGCGGCUACAACCCGGCUGGCCGAGCGUCCAUCGCGUCUUCGAUCGAACCCUACCUCCCGGAUAACCUCAGUCCGUGCCCGAGCCCCGUCAGUCCGUCCCGGUCCUGGGGCAUGUCUUGUCCUGGCGAAUCCUGGGCAAACAAGACCCGCCAGAGGGCAUCAACCGACGUGACGUCCGCUUCGACGGCCGCUGCGACGGGAGGGGUGCUGCGGAAGAGCAACCGCGUCUCUGACAAGAACUCCGCCCCCGUUGUGCAGCCGUCCUGGUCAGAAGGGAGCGAGAUGUCGGACGUUGAACGCCGCAAAGGAUCGUCAGACCUGGGCGAACUGCGGUCGUGGCCAGCCACCAGGAGUCCUUCGCCGACGCCGCUCUCUCUGCAGCACAGUUGCAGUUCGCUCAAGCAGCUUUCGUCGCCCAGUGACGUGGAAGCCCUCUGA